GUCGGCGUGCGGCGGGAGGGAGCCCCGCCCCCUGCCGCGCUCCUCCGUCGCGGCCGCCUUCGCCGCCGUCGGCGAUGAGCGCUCCGGGGUCCGCGUGCUCCGUGCGCGAGCCGGUAGCGGCCCCGCCGCCCGCGCCGUCCCUGCUCCGCCACGUGCAGCUGGAGAACCUGGCGGCGGGGCUCAGCGGCGGCGUCCUCUCCACCCUCGUGCUGCACCCCCUGGACCUCGUUAAGAUCCGCUUCGCAGUGAACGAUGGAUUGGAGCUGAGGCCAAAAUACAAUGGGAUUCUGCACUGUAUGACCACUGUCUGGAAGCAUGAAGGACUACGAGGCUUAUAUCAAGGGGUAACACCAAACAUGUUGGGAGCAGGGGCUUCCUGGGGACUUUACUUUUUCUUUUACAAUGCCAUCAAAGCUUACAAGAAGGAAGGGAAGCUGGAAAGUCUUAGUGCAACUGAACACCUAGUGUCAGCUGCAGAGGCUGGAGCCAUGACUCUCUGCAUUACCAACCCAAUAUGGGUAACAAAGACACGACUUGUGCUACAAUAUAAUGCUGGUGUCGACCCAUCAAAACGACAAUACAGAGGAAUGUUUGAUGCUCUUAUAAAGAUAUACAAGGUGGAAGGCGUACGUGGCUUAUACAAGGGAUUUGUGCCUGGUCUGUUUGGAACUUCACAUGGAGCACUUCAGUUCAUGGCAUAUGAGGAUUUGAAACUGAGAUACAACAAGUACAGAAACAGAGUGUCAGACACAAAAUUGAACACUGUGGAGUACAUAAUGAUGGCAGCUGUAUCCAAAAUUUUUGCUGUGUCAGCAACAUAUCCCUAUCAGGUUGUGCGAGCUCGUCUUCAAGAUCAACAUAAUACGUAUUCUGGUGUGUUUGACGUGAUCCGCAGGACAUGGAGGAAAGAAGGAAUUCAUGGAUUUUACAAAGGAAUUAUCCCCAAUGUGAUCAGAGUGACUCCUGCCUGCUGCAUUACCUUUGUUGUUUAUGAAAAUGUGUCUGGUUUUUUACUUGGUUUUAGGAAAGAAAGUAGUUAAAGGUAGGAGCUUGUGUUCAUAAGGAAUCUAUCCUUUAUUUUUUGUAUUUAUGGUCUGGGAGAGAUUUAGUUCAGCAGACAUCUUUGACACCAUGAAUUGAUCUAGUAUUUUGAGGAAAGAACAUGGAGAUAGUAAAACCCUGCCAACAUCUCUUCUGCUGAAUGUUCUUGUAUUGCUGCUGCCUUCUCUGAAUCAGCUCUGCCUGCUUGAAACAGAUGUCUCUGCAACUGUGAAAUAAUAGCACUGUGACUGGGUGAAGGCAACUGUGCAGCAAUUCAGUUCAUCCUGGCCUGCCUGGAAUAAUAGACUGAUGUGUUUUGACAGGUCUUAACUGUUGGUCAGAUUCCGCUCCUACAGAGGUGGAUAACUUCAUAUAAAAGCAACUCUGGGGUCUGGCAGAACUUUCUUAAAUCUUUAUCUGAGUUUCAUGAAGAAACAAGCAAGGUCUUCUGAAUCCACCUCUGUGUUUUGUCAGAUUUUAGGAUGUAGAGUGCUCCAGAUUCCAUUGCUCAUCCAACACAAAAAACACUGCCUUGGUGGGGUGCAGUUUGGAAACUCAGAAUUGUUUUGUAAAACAGCUGUCCAAUCUCGGGUUUGAAUAACUGCCAGUCUGAUGAAACCCAGUUCUGGUCUCAUACCAGACAGACUUGCAUUGUGGUUUUUGGCUUGCUUUUAGCACCAGACCAAAGUAUAUGUUGUGUGCAUCGCUGGCCACUUACUGAAUUCAUUUUCUCUCUCGUCCCUGCCUGCCCUCUCUCUCAACCCCACCCUGUGACAUUCUGUCUGUUACUGAUACAUCUGACCAAAUAUUAGUAAGUAAAGGUGUAUUUGAAUGUAGGUUUACGUUUCAAACAGUUUUGUUUUCUAGUAAUCCCAUAGUGAUGCAGUUUUCAAACCAGUGUUGCAACAAACAUGAACAUGCUUAUUUUCAAUAAUAUUUUCUGGGAAAAGGAAAUACUCUUAAGUGGUCAAAAAAAUACUGUGCACAGGACUUAAAAAAUGAUCAUUAAUGUCUUCUGAUUUAGUCUAAGGAAAAGGACUGUAAGUAUAUAUUGAUUGCUAAUUUAACGAUAAACUAAAUUACAGUACAUCUCAGUAAAUUUGUAUAAUAAUGAUAUUUAUUGGUAUGCCAAUAAUUGCUGUCAACGAUAUGAAUUUUUUUGAGAUUUGGGUUUGUUUUAUUUUUUAGUUCUUCUUUAAGAAGAUGCAUUACUGGCCAUUACUAACAACUGCCUCUGCUGUUAGUAGGAAGUUAUUAAGAAGUAUGUAGAAAGCAUCACUUAACUAAGGAGGAAGUAAGUUAGCAAAAAUCAUUCCAUGGGGUGGGGGAAAUAAUCAGUUUCAUAAGGAGUGAAGGAUACUAUCUCGCAAAACACCUGAAUACAGAGAAGUUCCCUGUUUAACAGAAAGCUGGCCUAAAGUAGAAACAAGCAUUUUCAUAAAAAAAGCAACUUAUUAGGGAUUUGGUUUCAGUUUUAAGUUAAAAUCUUACAAUUUUUUUUUUAAUUAAGAUCAAUAUUUUUAGUCUUAAUUCAGCAAUCCACUUGCUUGUUCCUCUUGAUCCUAUUGCCACAUACCAUAUUUUGUGUAUACUUACUAAUAAUUUAUACUUUCUGUUCCACAAUCCCAUUCCCUCUACUGAUACAGUUAAUAAUCUCAUCUGAAAAGGGCAUGUGGCCAUUAAGGCUGGCUUUGGUUUCUUAUUAUGAAAGUUUCCAUGUGUAUUUAGCUGAGGAUCAAAUUUACUGGAAGUUUAGCAUGAAAAUUACUGUGUAGAUCCCUAACAGCUACUAACUUCUUCUGCCUUUGGAGGGUUUUUACUUGGUUUUGUUUGUUUUCUAGUACCCAGAACGAAUAACCAAGUUAACUCUGCCACUGAGAAUCCAAGAAGUGUUGUGAAGACAUAUGAAUAAAAGUUGUGCACUUACUAGCCUGAGUUAGUGUACUCGUGCUCCAGGAUAAAUGCAAAGACAGGCUACAAGCAUGUACACAAUCAGUUACUGUAUGUUAACUGACAUUCUCUAAAUUCACACCAUAGCUUAGGUCAUAGUAACUUGUUUGUGUCCAGAUACCUUAAAACCCAUCCUCCAAGCCAAUGAAAACAGUACAGUUCUGCAGAUACAAAAUACCAGCUGUAUAAUUUGCUAGUUUACAGCAGGAUCACACAUAAGCUUGCAGCUGGGAAAGCCCAAAUGCUCUCCUAGCCACAGCUGUGUUCCUCUAGCAUUCUUCACAAAAGCUGCAGACAAGAGCUACCAAUUUGAGAUGUAUGGGGAAAAUUUUAUAACCUGCUCAGAAAAAAGCUGAGAUUUAAUUCUAAAUAGUUGAAAUAAAUUAAUUAUCUCGGAUUAAAUGUUUCUUCCUUUUCAUUUCUAGGAAGACUGUACAUUUCUGCAUGUUAUACAUGCUGUAUCUUGUUGGGGUUUUUUUUAUUUCGUUAAUGUAAAGUUGAUUUUGUAAUGUAAACAUGACUGUUGUUGUUUCCCUCAAGAAUCUUUAAAAUUAAAAAAAAAAAAAAAAACAA